GAAUGUGGACAGGAGCUUACAAUGCACAGCAGAUCCCAGCCUAUGGGGAAGUGCACAUAAGAAGAGGAUGAAUAUGGCUUUUAAGGGAGAGGACCACUUAGAUCCCCUUUCAUUACCAGUUCAGCGUAUGCACUUAAUCCAGGUGGACUCUGUUCAGCGUUGGAUGGAAGAUUUGAAGUUGAUGACAGACUGUGAAUGUAUGUGCAUUCUCCAGUCCAAGCCCAUCAGCAUUGAGAAGGACGAACAAAAUGAACUUAUGCUUUCCUCCCAAUAUAGCACUUGUGAUAACUUGCAGCUUCUGUUAAAGAGAGCUUGGAUCAUAAGCACAGAAUUGACUAGGAUUGCUCAAAAGCUGGAGAAGAAUAGGUGGCAGAGAGUCCACAGCAUGACAGUAAGAGUCAACUGCCACGUGCGUUCAAUGAUAAAUGAGUACAAUACGUUCACCAGGAAUUCUUCAGAAGAAAUGCACCAGUUUGAAAAACUUUUAAUAGACAAGUGUUCAGAAUUUACAACAUUCACAGAAAGGUGCAUACAGACUGAAGAUGAAGAGAUACUGAAGUCUAUGAAAUCCUGUAUUAAUGAAACACUCACCACUGUUGCCCAGUAUUUUGGUCAGUUGAUAGAGCUGGUUUUAACACAUAAGACACAGAACCUGCUGAGACAGAUAGAGCUGUCAGACAGCGUGUACGUCACCGAGUCGGCGAUCAGCAGCCUGUUCAGCCUUACCCAGGAAGGUGCUCAUCUGUGCCGUAUCAUAGCUAAGGAAGGAGGUGUAGUCACUCUCUUUAAGAUCUGUCGCCAGGAUUGUUUCAGAUGUCUUUAUCCCCAGACACUGAGAACCUUGGCAUCAAUUUGCUGCGUGGAGGAAGGGAUGCACCAGCUGGAAAAGGUUGAUGGGAUACUGUGCCUGGCUGACAUUCUCACUGAUAACAGCCAUUCUGAAGCUACUCAUGCUGAAGCAGCAGCAGUAAUUGCACAGAUCACAUCUCCACAUCUCACAUUCACGCAGCAUCUCAGCAGCUUUCUGGAAAAUAUGGAAGAAAUUGUGACUGCACUUGUCAAACUGUGCCAAGAAGCCUCGUCAGGUGAAGUUUUCUUGCUGGCUUCAGCAGCUCUUGCCAACAUUACUUUCUUUGAUACCAUGGCUUGUGAAAUAUUGCUCCAGUUAAAUGCAAUGAAGAUUCUUCUAGCAGCAUGUUCAGACAAACGCUUAGUGGAUACUCCGUAUUCUCGAGAUCAGGUGGUUACAAUAUUGGCAAACAUGUCUGUGUUGGACCAGUGUGCUUCAGAAAUCAUUCAAGGAAAUGGUAUUCAACUUUUAAUGGAAAUGCUCUUUGAAAAAUCAUCUUCAGGAAGUUCAGCAGAAGUUGCUGCUUGCGAGCGAGUCCAACAGAAAUCUGCAGUUACACUGGCACGACUCAGCCGAGACCCUGAAGUGGCAGAUGCAGCCGUAAAACUCAGCUGUAUUCCUCGCCUAAUUAAACUUUGCAGAUCACCAACCGAAAGAAAUAACAGCGAUUCUGUUCUAGUGGCAUGUCUGGCAGCCCUACGAAGACUAGCAGUUAUGAGUCCUGAUACACUUGAAGAUUUGGAUUUUCAGCAGCUAGUAAAGCCCAGACUGGUGGAUUCUUUUCUGUUAUGCACUAAUAUGGAAGAGAGUUUUGUAUAAAUGUGAGCCAAAACUGAUAAUCAAGAUGAUAAGUAUAAGUAAGAUAAUACAUAUACAAUUUUAUUUUGGUUUAGUCCUAUUGUUAUUUAUGACUUAUUUAUUCUGAAUCCAUGAACAUGCAGUUUGUAGGAGAAAAGGAACAGAAUGAGCAAACUUGUUUCAGUGGUUUGCAAAGACAAUUUUUUAUUUUAUUUUCCUGCCAAGACACAUCAACAAACCUUAUUACUGCCACCUAACAAAAUGUUGUUUUGUUUAAUAUAGUUGAAUCAAGGUAAU